GCGCGGCGCCGUGGCGCGGGCCAUGCUGGCUGCUGCCGCUGGGUCAAGUGGCCGCACUGGCAGUCGCUUGCGAUGCCGCUGCUCUUCGGGGUUUUCAGCCCUCUGUCGGCGGUCAGGGGCAGGGCCGAGGACAUUGCGGAGGAGACUGCCUACUUCGACGUCCUCGGGCUA